CACCAAUCUUGUUUGCUUCUGAAGAGGCUCAGCCUGCCUGGAAGAUGCUGAGAUCGUGCUGCAGCCGCUCAGGGGCCCUGUUGCUGGCCUUGCUGCUUCAGGCUUCCAUGGAAGUGCGUGGCUGGUGCCUGGAGAGCAGCCAGUGUCAGGACCUCACCACCGAAAGCCACCUGCUGGAGUGCAUACGGGCCUGCAAGCCCGACCUCUCGGCGGAGACCCCGGUGUUUCCGGGCAAUGGCGACGAGCAGCCACUGACCGAGAACCCCCGGAAGUACGUCAUGAGCCACUUCCGCUGGGACCGCUUCGGUCGCCGCAAUAGCAGCAGCAGCGGCGGCGGCGGCGGCGGCGCAGGGCAGAAGCGCGAGGACUUCGCGGCGGGCGAAGACCGCGGCCUGCUGCCUGAGGGCGGCCCCGAGCCCCGCGGCGAUGGCGCCGAGCCGGGCCCGCGCGAAGGCAAGCGCUCCUACUCCAUGGAGCACUUCCGCUGGGGCAAGCCGGUGGGCAAGAAGCGGCGCCCGGUGAAGGUGUACCCCAACAGCGCCGAGAACGAGUCGGCCGAGGCCUUCCCCCUGGAGUUCAAGAGGGAGUUGGCCGACCAGCGGCCCCUGGCGGGGGACGGCCCCGACAGCCCCACCGACGGGGGCGCGGGCGCCGAGGCCGACCCGGAGCACGGCCUGCUGGUGGCGGCCGAGAAGAAAGACGACGGCCCCUACAGGAUGGAGCACUUCCGCUGGGGCAGCCCGCCCAAGGACAAGCGCUACGGCGGCUUCAUGACCUCCGAGAAGAGCCAGACGCCCCUGGUGACGCUGUUCAAAAACGCCAUUAUCAAGAACGCCUACAAGAAGGGCCAGUGAAGGCGCAGCGAGACCCCGGGGCUUCCUUCCCCGGGGAGGUCGACCCCAAAGCCCCUUGCCCUCCCCAGCCCUGCCGCCGCCUCCCAGCCGGGGGGCAGAUGGUCGAGGCAGAUAUUCAGCCUCUUAAAGCUGUCUAUAGUUAGGAAAUAAAACCUUUCAAAUUUCACAUCC